AAAAAAACACUUCUUUCAAACAAAAAAUUGUUUUUCAAAAUUAUCAAAAAUCACAAGAUUCACAAGCACACACAAGACAAGAAAAUAAUUAUUAUAAGUUAAAGAUUGGGUACAUAUAAAUCAGUAAUUAAUUGGUUAUCAUGAAUCAUGUUAUAUCCACUAAUUUUUAAAUCGGUAAAACCGGCAACGUCCGAAUAGUGUGACAACUUUACCUGGUACCAAAAUGAGGACAGUUUCCAAUUCGAACGAAAUGUGAAUUAUUUUAUUCAUAAACAACCAGUUUUUUUGCAUUUUCUUUCAUAAAAGUAUGUGGGAAGUUAUCAAUUUUAAAAAUAACAUUGUUUGGAAACAACAAAAAUAGGAAUUGUUAUUAUUUAUUGCCCCCAUCGUUGAUAAAUAUGGAUGUGGAGAUCAGGGAAGAGUGUUCCGAGGAACUGAUGAAAGAAGACCAGAUUAUAAGGGAGGAACAGACAAAGGAUGAGACUUUGGAAAUUCAAAGCAAAAAACUUACAUGGUCUGAACUGAGAGCUGUAGUUAGUGAGCUUCGGAGACAGCUGUGCAGUUUGUCUACUAUGAUUCCUUCUUCUUUUACUUUUAGAACUUUGCAGGACGAAAGGACUCGGAUAUAUUUUCUCAGUACUCCACAUAAUGGUUGGGAAACAACUCUUCUAUUCACUGAUAUACCCAAUACCAAUCAACAAGCUAGUUUACGGCUGCAGUGGCAAUGUGUUUUGGAGUCUAAUUUUCCUUGUAUAUCGUCAUGUAACAGGUCUUCCAGAGAAGAGCAACUACAAUGGGAAAGAAAAAGAUUAGCUACUUGGGGCAUAAAUAGUUACGAAAUGCAUGAGGAUUCUGGAAAAAUUGUUUUUCCAGCUGCUAGCAGUUUAUUCCAAUGUGUAGAUAAUGGAUUCACGAAUGGCCAAUUAUUUCCGACCAAACUGAGAAUGACGUCAAUGGGUGCUAAACUAAAUCCUCAGAUUUGUCCUACAAACUCCGAGCUGGUGGCCUACAUUUGUAAUCACGACAUUUGGGUAACUCAUACAGUAUCUGGGUCGAAUGUUAGGAUAACUUAUGCGCACAAAGGUGGGAGAAAUUUGGCAGACGAUCCUCUAAGUGCCGGAGUUCCAUCUUAUGUUAUGCAAGAAGAAUUUUGUAGAUAUCAAGGGUAUUGGUGGCAACCUAAAACUAUAGGUGGUGUAUACAGAAUCCUCUAUGAAGAAGUGGACGACGGUGACGUUAAGCUAUUCUGCUUUCCUUCCUCUCAGUCGGACACAGGCGAAGUAGAAGAAUUCCGAUUUCCAAGAGCUGGCUCUUCAAACUCCAAGAGUUGCCUCAAACUAGUCGAAUUCAAGUUGAACGAACAUCUACAAAUUGUAGAUCUUUGCCUUUUAGAUUUACAAUUUUCCUUAAAUGUCAUGUUUUCUUGGAUGGAAUAUGUGGUUAGGGUGGGAUGGACACCAGAUGCGGAGUUUAUUUGGGUACAACUGUUAGACCGACGGCAGCAACAUUUGGAACUAGUCAUUUUAUCGCUUAGUAAUUUCAGUCCAGAUUUUCCUUAUUUUAAUCAUUCAAGUCAAACGAUGUCAUGUAGCCCGAUUGUUCAAGUAAUAUAUGCUCAAUAUUCUCCUUAUUGGAUUAAUGUACAUGAUCUAUUGUAUUUUUUACCGUCCAAUGAACAUAAUGAGAUUAAAUUUAUUUGGGCAAAUGAAGAUACGGGAUUUAGACAUUUAUAUUUGGUUACAUCACAAAUUUCGCCUACAACUAAUGGCGUCACUGAAAGUACUCAGCCCACUACUGAUUUUGUAUUCUUAGCCCCAAAAAUGAUUUCAAAACUUCAACUUACGAGUGGCGACUGGGAAGUUAUGAGUGAUAAUCUGUGGGUCAAUCCUGAAAAACAGUUGGUUUAUUUCAUGGGAUUGAAAGAAACACCCCUAGAAAAACAUUUAUAUGUCGUUUCUUUGAAACGGCCAGGAGAGGUAAGACUGCUGACUAGACCAGGAUACUCAUACAUGGUGGAAUUUAAUAAGGCAUGUUCCUUAUUGGUGACAGUAUACAGCAAUAUACAAAAACCUCCCGCCUGUCAAGUUUUUCGAGUCACUGAAACUGAUUGGACUGUGGAGGGCAUCAACUUGACCCCUUUAGGAUACUUAGUGGAAUCUUCUGGUCCAAUUAACGAUAUGUAUUCACCCGAUCUCUAUACUCAUCAAAUUAGUUCUGGUCAUGUUCUUUAUGCCAUGGUAUUUAAACCGCACAAUUUUGACCCUAACAAAAAAUAUCCUACAAUAUUGAAUGUGUAUGGUGGGCCCGAAGUUCAGUUAGUUUCUAAUACAUUUAAGGGAAUGCGUCAACUUCGAAUGCACAUGCUAGCUGCUAGAGGGUACUGUGUGGUGGCUAUAGACUCCCGCGGAUCUCAACAUAGAGGUAUUAAGUUUGAAGGUUACAUCAAAGGAAAAAUGGGCACCGUAGAACUGAAGGAUCAAGUGGAGGUGCUGAAAUGGCUGGCCAGGACGCUGGGCUAUAUCGAUUUGUCGAGAGUGGCGAUACAUGGUUGGUCAUAUGGUGGUUACUUGAGUCUGAUGGGUCUCAUCCAUUACCCCGACAUUUUCAAAAUAGCAAUAGCCGGUGCUCCCGUUACAAAUUGGAAUUUCUAUGACACUGGUUACACGGAAAGAUAUAUGGACUUACCAAUGCAUAAUCACGAUGGAUACCAGGACGGAUCAGUGUUAAAAUAUGUGCACAAAUUUCCUGAUGAAGAAAAUAGACUCCUAAUUAUCCAUGGGUUGAUUGACGAAAAUGUGCACUUUUACCACACAUCUCAGCUGAUUAAUCACUUGGUUAAAGCUGGCAAACCUUACCAGCUGCAGAUUUAUCCUAAUGAAAGACAUUCUUUGCGCCAUCUAGACUCGAGUAAACAUUACGAGACCACUUUUUUGUCGUUUUUGCAGAACCAUUUGUAGAUAGGGUCUUGGUGUUUUUUAUUCUUUAAGCUACGUUUGAUAUGUUGGUAUGUGUAAUUUCAACACUACCUAAUGAUUUAAUUAUGAAAAAUAAUUACGUACAUGCAAAACUCAAAUCUAUGUUCCCUAAAAAUACUUGAGAAAUCAUUUUAUAGCUAGUUAUUAUACUACAGAUAUAUUAACAUCUGGUUCUGCAAAUUAUUAUUUUUAGAAUUUUCAGAGAGAUUUACACAGAAUAUAUUUAUUUUAUCCUUUAUUAUUGUGCAAACGUGUUCCCCAAUUUUAAUCUAAGCUUUUAUACUAAAAUUAUAAAUAGGAACAAUACAAUUGGCUUGUUGUAAAGUUGAUAAAUUUUAGGAUUGUAUUAUAAAUUAUUUACAGAAAAUUUGUAAUAAAGAUAAUUGUUUUUAUUAAGAUAAUUGUUUAGUAGUUAUAAUGCAACUAGUGUAUAAAACGAAAUAGUUUUUUAUUGAUGUGAGAAUCCUGUUCGUGUCUUUUUAUUCAUAAAUCUAUACAGGAAAUGUAUUCUUUUCUGAAGUUGAUAAUAUUUGGUGGGUCUAGCCAAUGGAUAUGCGGUUCUGCCAAGCAUCUUUCUUUUACGCAACAUUACUUGGUAUUCAUUUCCUCCUACGCCUCUCAGCCACUCAGGUAUAUUAUAGAGAAUUCUUGUUGGAUGGAUCCUUUCAUUUCCUAAAUCAAAAAAUUUACCAAAACGAUGUUAAACUGAAAAAAAAAUACCCACCUAAGAUGUCUAUGUAAUCAUUCUGACCGAACAAUGCCCUUUUCUCGUUCCAACAGUUCUUUGGCCUAUAAAUAGGCAUUGGUAAUUUUGCAGCAUCCUUGUCUCUAGGCAAGAGCCCCCUUCGAUGAACAUGAUCUUUGUAUCCAUAUCUUUUGAUUAUGGGUCCGUUGGCUAUUUUCUCUGCAUGAUAUCGGAAUCUAACUGGAGUUAUUUGCGGUACCCAAGCUUGGACAGUUUUUAGGGCACAGUUUGCUAAAUUAACUACUAGGGACAUAUCGUUUGAAUAUUCUAAAAUUUCAACAAAAUUUGUGUUUUCAACCUUCUCUACAACCAACCCAAACUUUGUUGGUUAUGUCCACGUUCAUUGCUAUCAUUCUUUUUUUAUAUUU